AUGCCUGUAGGCAUGUCCCAAACCGCCAUGGACCGCGCCAUAAUCGACGGCUACCCGGACCUCAUCGCCCGCCUCAACGCAGCGGAAAUCGCCAACUACCGCGCCCUCUGGAAAAUGCCCGUCAAAGAUUUUCCCAAAGAUGAUAGACCGGCACGAUACCCCUACGAGGGACACUCGUGGACUGAAGCAGAGGAAAAUUACUGGAAAAGUAAAUGGUAUGGUGCAGGCCAAUUUACUUGGCGGUCGAUUUGUGAGGUUCUGGGACGGAGUGAGUUGGCUGCGAGGUUGAGGAAGCAUAAGUUUGAGGCGGCUGGGGGGACUGCUGCUAUUGCUCUUGCUGCUGUCGCUGCUGCUGCUCUUGCUGCUGUUCCUGCUGUCGCAGCUCCGCUCCCUGCGGCUGCUCUUGCUGCUGUUCCUGCUGUCGCAGCUCCUCUCCCUGCCGCAGCUCCGCUUCCUGUCGGCGCCUUGCUUCCUGUUGCCGCUUUGCCUCCCGUCGUCGCCCCAGCUCCCGUCAUCGCUCCACCUCUCGCAGCCGCCCCGGUGGUUGCUCCACCGGCUGUCGUUGCUCCGCCACCUGCCGCUGCCCCAGCCCAUGUCGUGGCUCCGCCGCCUGCCGCUGCCCCACCGGCUAUCGUUGCUCCGCCGGCUGUCGUUGCUCCGCCGCCUGCCGCAGUCCCAGCCCCAGUCCAUGUCGUGGCUCCGCCACCUGCCGCAGCUCCACCAGCUGUGAUUGCUCCGCUGGCUGUCGUUGCUCCCCCGGCUGUGGUUGCUCCUGCUCCGCUGCCCGCUCCUGCCCCUGCUCCACCAGCCGUCACCGCCCCACCCACCACAAGUCUUUACCACGGCCACUCCAUCCACAAAAACCCCGCGAAAUUCCGACGCCUUGAACGGGAAUAUUUGGAAAGGCAGGAAGAACGGGAGGCUACUUCUUCAUCUUCCAAUAAGAAGAAAAGAAAACGAGGAACAGAUGAGGAGAAGAAGGAACGGGAGGAUGAGGAAGAUUGGGAAAGGGAGGAGGAUUGGAAGAUGAUGAGGGCUAGUUCUUUGGGGUGGUAUUUGAAGGAGGGUUAA